AUGGCCGCCCAGCGAGGACAAGGGAAACUGGGAAAGGUUUGCCAUAACCCAUCCCAUCCUCUGAAAGCACUGGACCAGCUCUGCCUGAAUUUUUGCAAGAUAUUGUUGGACAGAGGGGAGACCUCCCAGCGAGCAGCACAACUUGUGGCCUCAUGGUUAAGGCCAAUCACCCGCCGACGCCAUUAUGGCCACCCACAUCUGAUCUUCCAGGCGGCCGCGCUGACAUCGAACGCCGGUAAGGCAGGCCGUGAGGCCACACAAGCUGGGGACGCAUACCCACUUCAGCCCACAUUUGAGCAUGACCACCUGAAGUGUCGCCCUAAGACCCAACACAAACUCCCCAAACAGCAGGACUUCCCUCCUUCUCAGGGCAAAACUAAGCUCCAUGCCUAUGACUCCCAAAAGGUACGCCUUCCCGGGGAGAGAGCAGCUGGGUGCUAUACCCAAAGGUGCCAGCCACACAGGCGGAGAGCGACAACACAUCGACACAGAUGGACGACUGAGACUCACCGCACCAUCCCGAAAGGGACGACCCUGGACCAGUAUGGACCCCAGGCUCGUGGCAGGAGGGCAUCAGCUCUCACAAAGAUCCGGGGCAAGAGAGGAGACUCGACAACUAGACGCCACACACCCCCACUGCUGAGAUGGAAGUCCGACAUACGAUCCAAACCUGGCGACCACCAUGUCUACGGCAGGGUAGCAGCAACUACUAAGACCGGCAACUAUCCCUGGCCCACCGGUCAAGCUGCCAAAGCCGUUUGGCAUCCAGGUUGGCUUCUUGUUCUUCCAUGCUUCCUGAAGAUGGUCCAGCAUUCCAAUGGGUCUCUGGAUGAACAUGGGGUCUGUCACUGCACAGUAAACCUCCCAGACUCCACCUUCCCGGCUAAUCGCUUGGAGUACCUCGAAAUCUACAAUUACAACCUGAGUAUCAGCGUCCAACAACAGAUUACUAAAGUCCAAUAUUCCACAGGGUCUCUGGAUGAAAAUGGGGUCUGUCACUGCACCGUGAUCCUCCCAGAUUCCACUUUCCCGGCUGAUCGCAUAGAGUACCUCGAGAUCUACAAUUACAACAUGAGUAUCAGCGUCCAACAACAGAUUACUAAGAUAAACAGCUAUGAACUCAUGGUGACCGUCUACAUAGAGAAGCUGAAAGACCUAACCAAGCGGGUGGAGAUAAUGGAGACAGGAGGGCUUACUUACACCGAGUUGGACUUCGAGCUCGUGAAGCUGGAGAUCAGAGAGAUGGAGUCUCUAAUUCUGGAACUGAAAAUAUCUCUUAAUGGGAGCAACGCGAUUGUGGAAGCUCUCUAUGUUGAGAUCCAUAACAUUUCCAUAUUGGUCAACCAACUGGAAUCCUACGACAAGAAUAACGUUCUCGUUAUACGAAGGGAAAUUGUAGCCCUACAGAAACGACUGGAAGAGUGCCAGGACCAUGUCAACGCUACUCCACUUCCUCCGGUGGACAUCGGUACCUGUAAACACGGGGGACUUGUGAAUAUUAGCAAGCCAUUUACGGUGCAGCUAAACUGGUUGGGAUUUUCUUACAAAUAUGGAGGAUGGGGCAAGGACUCUGCAAUGGGUGCAGAUCAGCAAUUUCACUUCGUGGCCCCUCUAUAUACAGAUGGACGGCAGAUGUAUCUAUUUCGCACAUAUUCUUCUCGUGAUGACCUUCUACUGUAUAAUGCACAUGCAGAGAAGACCAUUACUCCUACUGCUGACUACGGACAAGGUGGUGGAGUAAUAAUGUACAAUAAUUUUCUAUACUACAACUGCUACAACUCCAGAAACCUCUGUAAACUAAAUCUUCAGAACUAUGUAAUCACCCGCGUAGCACUGACAGAUUCUACAUAUAACAAUCGGUUCUCCUACUUCACAACAACUUGGCAAGACAUUGACCUGGCCGGUGAUGAAAAUGGUCUUUGGGUCAUUUAUUCCACAGAGCAGAAUAAAGGGAACUUUGUCAUCAGUAAACUGAAUGAAAAUUCCUUUACAAUACAAAAAACGUGGUCCACCUCGCAGUAUAAACCUGCAGCCACCAACGCGUUCAUGGUUUGUGGUGUUCUGUAUGCAACAAGAGCCCUCGAUACACGAACAGAAGAGAUCUUCUACAUGUACGACACAAAGACUGGCAAAGGAGGACACCUUAGUAUUCGUUUCAACAAGAUGAUGGAAAAUAUACAAAGUUUAUCCUACAACCCCAACGACCACAAGCUCUACAUGUAUAACGAUGGCUACCUGGUCACUUACGACCUUUUAUUCCAACCUGUUGCAGGUGAGAACCCCAAAAUUUAA